UCCAAUGCUGGGCAGCCUUCUUCUUUUGGUAAUUUAAGCUCUUUAGUUUACCUUCAAGAAGUGUAUGAUGUAUUUCUCGUUUCUAUUUUUACUGUUACGUUCAACAACUAACUGCUUGUUUUACUAUAGGGUUCUGAAAGUGAAGUUCUUUUAAAAGAAGUCCUGUACAAUUCUGUGAUGAUGAUAGAGUAUUCAUUCAUUAAUCCUCAAGCAGGAGGUUCACUACAUGCCAACAAAUUGAAAGAUUUUGCUGUAACUUGGUUGUUUGUUGCUGAGUUGGCUAUACAAUUUGCUAGGGAAAAAGGUGAUCAGGGGAAAGUUAUGUCUUAUGUAAAUGCCUUCUGUAGAUCCUGCAUACCCGUUCAUUUGAUCAACUGGGUUACUAGUCAAAGUGCCGUAAGCAGAAAGAUCAGCAGACCAAAUGUUUCCACACCCAUAGCUCUUAUAAAGUGGCUUCUAGUUGUUGAGGAACAAGGAUUGACAGUAUUUAGUGGUGAAACUGUCAAGCAUCUUGCAAAAGCUAACUUCUUCCCUUCGAGAACUGAGUGCACGCUUCCAGUGAUCAAACAUGUCUUUAACAAUAUGGAGAAGAAUCUCUUUUUAAAUUCUUUACAUGGAGGGACCGAGGCAGAUAAAGAUGAUGGUGAUAUAGAGAUGCUUGAUACCGUGGACACCGUAAGUUUGGCUGCUGAUGAUAGAGUAAGCACAACCAGCUCUGACGGGACAAAAAAACGAAAAGAAGUGAUUGAGGAUGAUAAUAAAACGCAGGUAAAGUUUAUGAGAUGUCAGAUUCAUGAGAAAUCAUUGAGGGAAAACUCAUUUAUAUUCAGGCAACAAUGA